AUGGAUUUGAGUGAGAUGUCUAACUGUUCAGUCAGAGUAAAAGAGGAACCGGAUAAUAUGACGCUCGCUAAAAAUCAAUAUGAAAUAACUGACGAGUCACCAGAUACUAAAAGUUUUCAAUACUGGAGCUUUCAGCGAGAAAAUCCAACCUUUAUGCUUCAAGAAUAUCACGAAAAUUCUAAACUCAUUGACGAAAUAAAAAUAGAGCUUGAAUGUGAGGACGUGAAACCUAAUUCGAACUUAUUACCAGUGAAGAAAAUUGAGAAUUAUUCUCCACAUCAUUUGCAAAAUAUAAAAUAUAGUAAGAAUUAUGAAAGUCAAAAAACAAUUGAAUUGGAAACUUCAAAAGUAGUGAGUAAAGAAUUUUGCAAUGACGAUGCAAAACAAUUGAGUACGAAUUUUGACCCUGAACUCAACGAGCAGAAUGUAAAAAAAAGAGUUAAGAAAAAGUUGAAGUAUCAACGUGAACUUGAAAGGUACAAUGAUUCAGCGCAAAAUGAUAAAAACCACGCAUGUGAAAUAUGCGGUAAGAAUUACUCGAGUAAGAUUAAUCUCAAAAAGCACGUCAGUUCGGUGCAUAGUGAUACAAGAUACGCCUGUGACAAAUGCGCUAAGAAAUACAAAAGUAAAACUAAUCUCAGAAGACACGUCGAUUCAGCUCACAAAAAUCAGAAACCUUACAACUGUGAUAUCUGUGGAAAGUCAUUUACAGAGAAGAGUAGUGUCAAUACUCAUAUCGAUUCGCCUGAGCAGAAGUGGUACAGCGUUAGGGCGAAAAUUGACCUCCAGCGACAAUUAUUACAAAUGAUAGCGAUGAGCACGAUCAAUCACGAUGUGCGUCUCAUACCAAGAGAAUCAUGGUACUCUUUAGAGUACACCGUGAAGACAUCUAAAGAGUAG